AUGCAACGCGGGGGAGCUUGGGAAGCGGUGCUCGGCUCUCUUUGGACGCGGAGCUGCGGCUGCAUUUGCUCCCUUAUUACAGCGAGGUUUGGGAAGCCGUCAAGCUGCUGGAUAGGCAUUUUUUAAACAACGAGGAAAACACAGCGUGGCAUUUCUUUUCACUAUUAUUUUCCAACAUGGGGAAUGGCAUCAAUAAGGUCCUGCCUGACCUGUACUUGGGGAAUUUCAAAGAUGCCAGAGACCGAGAACAGUUAGCCAGAAACAACAUCACACACAUCCUGUCCAUUCAUGACAGUGCAGCUCCCAUCCUCCAGGAGAUGACCUAUCUCUGCAUUUCAGCAGCUGACCUGCCCACACAAAACCUGACUCAGCACUUUAAACAAAGUAUAAUGUUCAUGCACGAGUCCCGCCUGAAAGGAGAAGGCUGCCUCGUUCACUGUUUAGCAGGUGUGUCCCGCAGUGUCACCCUGGUGGUGGCUUACAUCAUGACGGUGACAGGACUGGGCUGGCAGGAGGCGCUGGCUGCAGUCAGGGUGGCCCGGCCCUGUGCCGGUCCCAACCUGGGCUUUCAGCGCCAGCUCCAGGAGUUUGAGGCUACUCAAGCUGAUCAGUUCAGAGAAUGGCUACAGAGGGAAUAUAAGGAUAGCUCCUUCAAUGAUGAGGCUGAUCUACGUGACUUGCUUGCCAGGUCGUCUAAAGUCAACGGCGAGGGGGUGAAGAAACAGACAUGUACCCCACCCGGAGGUGUCUGAUCAGAUCUUUUGAUGAGAUAUUUUGCCGCUCAGCAACCUGGAGGAUUACACCAUUGUGUGAUGCUGCAGUAUUCUGGAGCUAUCUGGAAGUCUAAUGUGCUUUGGAGUGGACUACUGUCUGGAUGUGCAUCGCCGCUGGACUGAUCCUCUAAAUCUCACGGACUUGAACACUGUAAGAGACAAUUACAGCACAUAUUCAUUUUAUAGUUUUGGCUGAUGUGUCAGGUGCUGUUUUUUUUUUUUUCUAAUUUAUGAAUGUUGUGUAUUUUGUACUGCGUCUUGAUGAUUUCAGAUAGUGAAAUAAAAGGAGUAAAGUCAA